GAAAACCCAGCUCAAUUGGGGCAUUUCCACUACCACUGUACAUGUUCAUAAUUUCUUAUCAAAUCCAUGGAUUCGCUUCAAGAAUUCAACCCUUCCAACGCAUCAAACAGUUCAAGCGUCAACAUCAACACCACCACCACCACCACCUCCAGCAGCUCCAAUACAGUACCUGCGCCCUCACCCUCAUCAGCCACAUCCUCCACUCUCAGCCGCUACGAGAACCAAAAGCGGCGAGACUGGAACACCUUCGGGCAGUACCUCCGCAACCACAGGCCACCGCUGUCCCUCGCACGGUGCAGCGGGGCCCACGUGCUUGAGUUCCUCAGGUACCUAGACCAGUUUGGGAAGACCAAAGUGCACACUCAGCUGUGUCCCUUCUUUGGGCAUCCAAACCCUCCUGCACCGUGCCCUUGCCCUCUGCGCCAAGCUUGGGGAAGCCUAGAUGCCCUCAUCGGCCGCCUCCGAGCCGCCUUUGAAGAGCACGGUGGGAAGCCUGAGGCCAACCCCUUUGGGGCUCGUGCUGUGAGGCUUUAUCUGCGUGAGGUUCGCGAUUCUCAGGCCAAAGCCAGAGGAAUUAGCUACGAGAAGAAGAAGAGGAAGCGCCCACCACAGAGUAGUAGUACUACUAGUGCUCUUCCAGUUCAAGCAAUAUUGCCUCCAACUCCUCCUCCAGCUCCUCCUGGUGCAAACUAAAUCAGUAUCAUUGUCUGAUUUGGUAACACGGUUUCCCGCUUUAUAUCUUGUAAGUACUAAGCCAGAAAUGGCCAAUGUACAUGCCUAAGUAUCUGGUGAUCAAAACCCCACCUUUUCUGUCAUUUUGUCAAACCAAACACAGCCAUAUAUCAUUGGCCUUCUUGCUGGGUUUAGAGCAAAACUAGCCAAAGUACAUACCUAUAUUUUAAGCUUGGUAACUUAUACAUAUAUAGGAAUGUAUAC